ACACACAGACGCAUGUCAUACAAAACCCCUGCUGACAUAGCGAUAAUGUUGCUAUGGGUUAUUUUAAAUAAAAGAGCCCUUUUAUUUAUUGUAUAAUUCCACUCGUUGCCCACAAAACCACUUCCUUUUCUACGAAAGGGGCAACAGUGUGAAUUCUCCCUCAGUUUUGAAAACUUAAGACAGACGGCUGGGGCUGGUGUCUGUGUCAGACAAGUAUGAAGUCAGGAGUUUUAACGUUCUGUCUCCUCUGCUUUCAGUUGGAAUCCCUCUAUGGAACUGAUCACCGCUGUUUGUCACGUCAACUAUGCAAAAAUAUAGAACAACCUACUGUCUCUGAUCCCCAGGUGAUGGUUGAAUUUCACAAGGGGAUCUUCAAAUUCAGCUUCAGCAACCCUAAAAACGUUACUGAAUUCAGCAUGACACUGCUGAAAGGGCAUGAGAGGGAGGAAAUCUGUGCAAUCCACAUGAACGAUGGGAAGGCAAUACCUGAAUCUAAGGGCACCUACUGUGAGCCAGUGCACUCGGGGAACAGCACGUCCUUCAUUCUCAAAAAUUUGGAAAGCAAGCACACGGGCAUUUAUCUCUGCUGCCUAGAAAUCCUUUUACCUGCUCCCUACAUAGAAUGUAGGGUAAAUGAAACCUAUUUGUAUAUCCAUGACUCAGAAGCCUGCUUUGUAUCAGAAAUGAUGUCAUGGAUGCUUAUUGGGAUCACUGCAUUUUCCGUGGUUUCCUGUAUCUGCUGCAUAGUAGCCUGUUGCUUAAGAAAGAAGACAACGCAAUGUGAAUCCAACUCCCAUGAGUUCAACAGUGAAUAUAUGCCCAUGGCAGCAGUGAAUGCAGCUAGAAAACCAGCAUUCUAAGGUAUGAACUUGCAAGUAGGUCACCUGUGGCACAGGAAGUUCCCUGGCACCUUCAGCCUCCUUCACGUGAAAUGUCAGUUUCACAGCCAAAGAGAUUUUCCCAGACUGAACUCACACGAUACCGAUCUGCUCAACAAUGAGAUGUUAGCUCUAGAGCUAUUUCCAGUCGUGUUUUGCUCUAGAUAUUCUGUGUUAAUUUGGGCAUGGCCAAAUCUAUUGACUGCACAUCCAGUGUGACAACAUAAAAAAAAACAAACCCCCACACCGCACGCUGUAGUUGAAAGAUAUAGAAUGUUUCCUUGCCAAGGAUAUUGUUGCAGUGCUUCAUAGAGCGAUUAUAUUAUACCUUCUGCAGAAGGUUUCUUCUGUGAUACCUCCCACUGGAAAAAACAAAAAACAAAAAACUAACUACCUCCACAGCCAACUCCAGCAGCGUGGCCAGCACAGCAGCCAUUUUACUGCGCAUAUUACUGCUUUGUUAUGGACAGUUUAGCAGGAUUGGUCUUCAAACUUCUUAACAGCACCACACUAGGAUACUUUAGUGUACACACACACACACACACACACACACACACACACAGAGUCUCUGUCCCUUGGAUUGGGACUCCAGACAAUAGAGAAACAAUGGAAGGAGAGUGUAAUGUACUUUCUAGUGUCAUCUAGAAUCUCAGUUAUUGUGCAUCUUUUUUUUUAAGUUUUUUGGAUUCUCACUACAUCUUCACAACCCACACUGUAGGGAUCAUCUUUUCUAUGUAGAGCUAGGGAAAUUACAGAGUUUUUUCCUAGAAGAACAAAAUUCUUCCAGUAUACAUAUUGUAUAUUAAAAUCCCAAGACUGCGGCUCUUGAUUACAUAAGUAAGAGCUGCAGGUUCAGUCUCUACAUGAGAAAGCAAGGCAGCGCCUCUUUAUCCCAUCCCUUUAUUUAUCUAUAUUACAGCACAUACAUGUUAAGGUACAAAAGACCAGAAUAUUCAAGAGUCCUUCAUCACCUAGAAUGAGAGGAAGAUGAAGUUUCAGUCUUAACUUGGCACUAUCUUGCUUUUGUGGCUUUGCAUCAGACCUUUAUUAUUUCCCCACAGGGGUCGGAGGUUACCGGUACUUCACAUUCCUAGAGCAGUUCAAAGCCUGGAUCACCUUCAGAGUCUGUCGAUACUAUGCCUUAAAUGGCUCACAGGGAAUCAAACCUGAAUAUCCUGCCAGGCAGUGCACAGCACAUUACUGCUCAGUUACUCUAAAAUUAGAGCAUCAUAUUAAAACCAGUGUCUCUAAUUCAUAUAUGGAAUAUAUGGAGCAGAAAUACUGGUAAGAAAUACUUCCAUUCUCUAACAGACAGAAAACCAGGUGGCUUCUGCGAUCAGGGACAGUUAACCUUAGAAAGUAGGGCAGUUAGCAUCUCAGAAGGGCUUCUCCACAACAACAGACCCCGAAUGAGGUGGUUUUGCAGACAAGGGCUGAAAGUCCCCAGCUGAGCUGACCUACUUUCAGACCAGUAUAUGGAGGGAAAGAGAAGCAACAAAUAAUGAAUUAAUAAUAAAAUAGCAAACCAGAACAUCUGUGGCUAGAGCACUACACCCAGAACUCGGGUCUGGGUGCUAGGGCUGGCUCUGCUACUGGCCUGCCAGGUGACCUAAGGACUUCCCCUUUCUGUACAAAGCAGAUAAUGAUACUGCCUUCCCUGGUAAACCACUUGAAGAUCUACUGAUGAAAGAUGCUAAACAACAAUCCCAGGUUCUUACAUACCUGUGCGAUGUGCUGACUAUGAGAGCCCUGUAUAAUACCUGUGAGAGUCCAAAGGAACGUAUUACUAGACUGAGAAGGAAUCUCAUGAAACAGCAAGUUCCCAAAGGAAAGGUACAGAGACCGGAGGUUGUAUAUUAUCAGAAAACACCUAAGAGACAAGAUGCGGGUCUGCCCCAAGUGGCUCAGGUGAAAAAAAAAAAAUAGUCGAGUUCUAGAAAUGUCACAUUUUCACACCCUGUUACAGAGAUGAGCCUCUCUUGAUGAGCUUAGCAAAGUUUUAGACUAGACCAUUUCUUGGUUUUGUAUGAGAUCUCUCUGCUCUUAAUAAAUCUGGUUUUUAUUACA